GCGAGCCAGUCGUUGUCAAGUUACAACAACGACGUCGUAUUUGAUUAAGUUAGCCGGACCAUUAAAAUGCCAACGUGUGAUAGUGAGAAGUUAUAUUUGUUGACUGUCAGAUUAUUUACUAUUUGCAGCUAAUAUUUCUCACGAGCUAAAUUUUGUUAGCUUUUUUUCACUAAAGUAAUUCAUAACAGUAAUGGAUCGGGCUCCCCGCGUUUUCAGUUCUAUUUCAACCACUGUUCAUUCAGAAUUAACUAAUACACCAGGCAAUAUUGAGCGAAAUCCUAAUAGGCUAAUGGAACAAUCCGAUCAAGUGCAAGAUAAUAAUCAAAGGCGUAAUCCGACCUAUCACAGCAAAGCGGAGAAAAAAAGCUAUCGUGGAAAAUCGGACACCGUUGUCUAUAAUCGUCCGGUCGAAAGUAGUUCUACGAUAAAUAAUGAAAAUAAAAAACGUAACUGGGAAUUUUACUACACUCAAGAUGAAGAUGGCGAUACGCAACUGCAUCGGGUCAUAGUCAAUCGAAACCCUGCGUCGGCCUUCUUUUUAAUACGAAUCGCUCCGCACCCUUGUUUACUCGAUAUACAAAACGAUGACAGUGAUACGGCCUUACAUAUGGCCGUAAUAGUAGGUGAUCCCAGGAUCGUACGCCGCUUAGUGAUUGCCGGCGCUAAUCUUAACAUUCAAAAUAAAUAUGGGAAUACGCCUUUACACGUUGCUUGUGAAAACGAUGACGAAUAUUGCGUAAAAGCUCUGACCUAUCCAUUUGCAGCGUCUGAAAUAGCCUGGAUAAACGAGGAGAAAAGGACGCCAACGAUACAACAAAAUUUGGAACAGCUUAACUUUGAUGGUUUAACUUGUUUGCAUCUUACGAUUAAGCGAGGCAACUUGAAACUUACGCAUUAUUUAUUAGAACGCGGCGCGAAUAUUGAUACCCAAGAGCUACGCAAUGGACGCACUGCACUUCAUUUAGCUAUCGAAAUGAAAAAGUUUGAUAUAGCCCGGCUACUGGUGCGCGAGUUCAAGCCUGAUCUUACUAAAAGAACCUAUUGUCAAUUUAGCCCUUAUCAAAUGGCUUAUAUCGUUGAUAAGAAAUUCGCGGAGGAACUUCACAUAGAGCAUGGCGUCCCACGUGAACUGCCACCUGAAUCAAACGAUGUAUCUUCGUCUGAAGAUGAAUCUGCGAAUGAAGAUUCCGGGGAAGAAGAUGAAGCCGAGAACGAGGAAGAUGGAAUAUUCCUGAGAUCUCUAAUGAGCGUUAAAUUCUUAAACGAACAAACUUUGGUUAACAACGAGAAAAGCACAAUGAAAGAAUAAUUUGAGGAGGUAAUUUUACAGCAGUAAUGGUUUUAAAUUUUUAAAAUCAAAAAUUUUAUUGGAAAGACUGCUUUCAUGAAUGCUUUCCCGAGAGCAACAGGAAAUAAAAAAAUGCUAACUGCAUUCAUGAUAAAAAUAAUUGUGCGGGAAUCUUUCAUACCUAAAGUAUUUAUGGUAAAUUUUCCAAGCUAUUAAUUUCAAUGUAAAUAUGUUCCAAUUUUAGUGUGAUGUUCACGUACGUCACUAUAAUGAAAGUAAAUUUUUAUGAACAGAUCGGCAUAAAUAAAGAUCUAGUCAUUUAGUGGUCAUGCGCUUCUGAGAAUCGUACGUCAGAAUAAAUUGUACAAUAAUUAUACUACAUCAAAAAAUUUGUAUAUAUUAAAUUAAAAAUAAUUUUUCAGUCAAAUUAUAACGAAGUGUCGUCACUUGCUACUCAAAGAUGAUACGGUUUUUUUCGAUUCUUAAACAAUCUCCUUGGGAACAAAUUCAUAAUUGAUCGUAAUUUUGUUUCAUGCAUUAAUUUUGUAUUUUUAUAAUACUAUGGUAUAGACAGGUACAAGAUUGAAUUAUUGUUCCAUGAAACACGGUUUUUCGAUAAAAAAAAAACUUGUAAAAAAUGUAAAGAGUAAGGAGUAUUGUCGCAAAUGUGUUAACGAAUCUAAAAAUACAAUCAAAUAAAUUAUAAAUGAUAUGUACAACUACAGUAUUAUCUUCAAAUUUUCGUACAUUGUUAAACUUUCCUUGACUUAAACUUAUGAAUACUCUGAUAAAAUUUUUUGGGGAAUUAUGAAUUUUCAUGAUAAUUAUUUUACACUU